CCUUAUUGAAAGGCUGUAACUUUAUAUUAUACUUCUCACAUAUUUGCUAUCAUCAUGUACACUACUUCCCUCUCUAUAAAUCCCUCUCUCUCUCCUCCUUUUCUCUCACCUGCUACCACCAGCACCCCUUCUUCUUCAUCAUCACAUUCUUCAUACCCUCUUCAUAAUUCUGUUAGAUUUCAUCGUUUCCAACCACUUGGAUCCAAACCCAUUAACCCCUUUUGCAGAAAAGCACGGUUGUGCUCUUUGCAAAGGUCGAAGAGUGUGAAAAGUAGAGAAAGUUUUGUUCUUGGAGCUACCAACAUGACUAUAUCAGAAGAUAGUUUGCUAGAGGUGAGGGAGGAGGAAGAGGGUCCUCCUGAUUCUGCUUUGCUUGACCCUGAAAUCAAUUCAAGGCCUCGUCGAAUUGCUCUCUUCGUUGAGCCUUCUCCUUUUGCAUAUGUCUCAGGAUACAAAAAUCGUUUUCAGAAUUUUAUAAGGAACCUACGCGAAAUGGGAGAUGAGGUGAUGGUUGUGACCACACAUGAAGGAGUACCCAAGGAAUUUUAUGGAGCCAAACUAAUUGGAUCCCGGAGCUUCCCUUGUCCCUGGUAUCAGAAGGUACCCCUCUCCUUGGCACUUAGUCCAAGAAUAAUUUCAGCGGUUGCCCAGUUUAAGCCUGACAUAAUACAUGCAUCAUCGCCAGGCAUAAUGGUUUUUGGUGCUCUUAUCAUUGCAAAGCUUCUGUGUGUUCCUAUAGUCAUGUCCUAUCAUACCCAUGUACCAGUAUACAUUCCAAGAUAUACCUUUAGCUGGCUGGUGCAACCAAUGUGGUUGGUCAUAAAAUUUUUGCAUAGAGCAGCUGAUCUGACUCUGGUGCCAUCAGCUGCCAUUGCUAGGGAUCUCGAAGCAGCUAGAGUAACAGCAGCUAACAAGAUCCGUCUUUGGAACAAGGGUGUGGAUUCUGAAAGUUUCCAUCCCCGACAUAACUCCCAUGAAAUGCGACUAAGACUGAGCAAUGGUGAACCUGAGAAGCCCUUGAUUGUUCAUGUUGGACGGCUUGGAGUUGAGAAAAGUUUAGAUUUUCUCAAAAGCGUCAUGGAUAGGCUUCCUGAAGCACGAAUUGCUUUUAUUGGAGAUGGACCCUACAGGGAGGAGCUGGAGAAAAUGUUUGAAGGUAUGCCUGCAGUAUUCACAGGAAUGUUAGGAGGGGAAGAACUAUCUCAAGCAUAUGCAAGUGGAGAUGUCUUUGUUAUGCCUUCAGAGUCAGAGACACUUGGUCUUGUUGUUUUGGAGGCAAUGUCUUCAGGGAUUCCUGUGGUGGGAGCACGAGCUGGUGGAAUCCCAGAUAUAAUCCCUGAAGAUCAAGAUGGCAAAAUUGGUUAUCUCUAUACCCCGGGUGAUCUUGAAGACUUCUUGAGCAAAUUAAAGCCUCUUUUGUUUGACAUAGAGUUGAGAGAAACCAUGGGAAAAGCUGCACGUUUGGAGAUGGAGAAGUAUGAUUGGAGGGCAGCCACGAAGAAGAUUCGCAACGAAAAUUACAAUGCUGCCAUUUGGUUCUGGCGCAAGAAAAGGGCUCAACUGUUAAGACCAUUUCAAUGGCUAGCUAAACGCAUUUUCCCAUCACCAGAAGUCAACGUAUAAAGGGUGAUGCAAAUGCACUUUCCAAGGUUUGGAUGGUUCCUUUUGCAUGAUUGCUUUGGCUUCAAGAAAAACCUUUUAUGGGAGAAACUUGUUGAUUGAGUGUACUGCAUUCAUUUGCUGUAUAUAAUGGAACAAAAAAUAUGGUAGCUUUCACCGUAUUUUGUGCCAUUAUAAAAGUGGACUAAACUUGAAUGUCAAUUCAUAUUGUGAUAUGUAAAAGGAGAGUAUCAAGAUACAUUGGGCAACUAGUGAUUUUAAAACACAAA